UGUCUUUGUAUUACAAUAAGUUAAACAUUAGAAUAAAAUUCUGCAACAAUUGAAUCUAUCUAAACAGCUUGUGCUUUCCCUCAAGUUUGCCCCGGCUAGAUGACAGGCCAUUGGUGACACCAAUUUUGGAUAGCAGAUAAUGAAAAUCGAGCUUCAGACAAUGGUUUUAGGGAGAGCAUCUGCCAGUUGAUAGGUUGUAGGAACAUGAUGAAGAAGUAGCAGCCCUUGGUUCACUAUCUCUGGAACAAAAACAGUAAUCUAAUGCAAGUUGCUUCAUUCUUGCAUGACAGACAGGAUUCUUGUAGGUGUAAGAGGCACUGAUAUUGUCACUGCUGGCAGAGCAGAAAUUGCAACCUUAAAGUUCCUUUAGCCAAGUAAUUUCUGAAACAGUGACAACAAUUGCGUUAUAUUUUGUCUCAAUAGAAGAUCAAAGCUACUGUUUCUUGCUUCUUUAUUAGCUGUGGCACAACCAUCAUGCAGACUUAGUGACAUGGAGGUAGACAGAGGUGCAGUAGAAUCCUUAGCUCCAAACAGAUUUGCUUUACUUCAAAUAUCAUAAAAUAAAUAUAUUUAUGUUGAAACAAGAACAAGCUCUUAGAUGUUGGAAUGACUUCCAAUUCCUUGAAACUAGUUCAAUGAACUAAGAUCCUUAAUGGAGAAUUGUGAAGACAGAGCUUGAAUAAAUCCAGAUAGUAUAAGAUGAUUGGCUGGUUCUCUAACCUCCAUGUUAAAAACUCUCUUUACAUGAAAAAUGUAAAGAACAAAUAUUUUUACUGUAAAGCUAUCUAACUAAUUGAUUGUUGGGUAGAUUUUUUGGGGAUUUCUUGAUUUUGAUUUUCUUGGUAAAAUUUUUAGGGCCCCUCAUCCGUCCUUGAAACAAAAUGAAAACCUUUUAGAAACCCCACUAUCUUGGAAGAAAACCCACAAAAGAAAUCUCAUCCACAGCUCCAACAAACCCCCCUUCUGAAACCGCUUAGAUGAACCCAACCACAAUCUACAACUCCAACGCCGCCGCCGCCGCCGCCGCAUCAACUCACCCAUCAUCACUCUUCCCACAAAUCCAAAGAUGCAAAACCAUGAGAGACCUCCACCAAGUCCACGCCGUCGUCCUCAAAACAGGCCAAAUCCACGAUCCUUUAGCCGCAGCCGAAAUCCUCAAAUUCUGCUCCCUUGGCACCCACCGCGACAUCGAUUACGCCCGCAAGGUUUUCCGCCAGAUGGGGGAACCUAACUGCUUUUCUUGGAACACAAUUAUCAGAGCUCUAACAGAAUCUGAUGAAAGCAAUGAAACAAAUGAGCCGUUGGAAGCAUUGUUUUUAUUUACUGAAAUGGUCGCUGACGGCAAUGUUUUACCUAAUCGAUUUACUUUUCCUUCGGUCUUAAAGGCCUGUGCUAGAACUGGGAAGCUUCCAGAAGGGGAACAGGUUCAUGGGCUAGUCGUGAAAUUUGGGUUUGAAAAAGAUGAGUUUGUUGCUAGCAAUCUUGUCAGAGUGUAUGUUAUGUGUGGAGCCAUGGAAGAAGCUCACAUUUUGCUUAACAAAAUGAUGGUUGAAUUUGAAAAUGGUGGCAAAUUAGUUAGGGAUAAGAGGAGAAUCGAGGGAAAUAUUGUUUUAUGGAACGUGAUGAUUGAUGGUUAUGUAAGAAUUGGGGAUUUAAGGACUGCUAGGGAAUUGUUUGAUAAAAUGUCUCUAAGAAGUGUAAUUUCAUGGAAUGUGAUGAUCUCUGGAUACGCCCAAAAUGGGUAUUUUAAGGAAGCAAUUGAAAUGUUUCGUUUGAUGCAAAUUGGAGAAGUGAGGCCUAAUUAUGUGACUUUGGUGAGUGUUCUUCCUGCCAUUUCAAGACUCGGGGCACUUGAGUUAGGGAAAUGGGUGCAUUUGUAUGCUGAAAAGAAUGAGAUUGAGAUUGAUGAUGUUCUUGGUUCUGCUUUGAUCGAUAUGUAUUGUAAGUGUGGGAGUAUUGAUAAGGCGGUUCAGGUCUUUGAGAGGAUAAGUAAACCAAAUACAAUUACUUGGAGCGCGAUGAUUGGGGGGCUUGCAAUGCAUGGUAGAGCAGAGGGUGCUCUUGAUUAUUUUUCAAGGAUGGAACUCGAAGGCGUAACUCCUAGUGAUGUUGUGUAUAUUGGUGUCUUGAGUGCUUGUAGCCAUGCAGGGUUUGUGGAAGAGGGGCGUUUAUUUUUCAAUCACAUGGUUAAUGUGGUCGGCUUUGAACCCAGGCUUGAACAUUAUGGGUGUAUGGUUGAUCUAUUAGGCCGUGCUGGGCUAUUGAAAGAGGCUGAAGAGUUUAUAUUGAACAUGCCAAUAGAACCAGAUGAUGUGAUGUGGAAGGCGUUGUUAGGUGCUUGUAAGAUGCAUGGAAACAUUGAGAUGGGUGACCGCGUGGCCGGGAUUUUGAUGAAUAUGGCUCCUCGAGACAGUGGAGCUUAUGUGGCAUUGUCAAACAUAUAUGCUUCUUCCAGAGAUUGGGAGUCAGUUGCAAGGGUGAGGUUAAAAAUGAAGGAGAUGGAUGUAAGGAAAGACCCUGGAUGCAGUUUUAUUGAGCUUGAUGGAGUUGUUCAUGAGUUUCUUGUGGAAGAUGAUUCCCAUCCCAGAGCCAAAGAGAUUCAUUCAAUGUUGGAGGAAAUCGCUGAGCAAAUGAGGUUGGUAGGGUAUAAGCCAGAUACCAGGCCAGUUUUGCUUAACAUUGAUGAGGAAGAAAAAGAGAGCACAUUAUACUAUCAUAGUGAAAGGAUUGCAAUUGCAUUUGGCUUGAUCAGUACGAGUCCUGGAACCACACUUCGGAUAGUCAAGAACCUCCGUGUAUGUGAAGAUUGCCACUCUUCAAUCAAACUAAUUUCAAAGAUUUAUAAACGUAAAAUAAUUGUUAGGGAUCAGAAGCGCUUUCACCAUUUCGAGAAUGGUUCGUGUUCUUGCAUGGACUACUGGUAACAUCUAACCCCCCCAUUUUUGCAAUUUACUUGGUAAAGCAUACCAAUUACUUCUUAGUAUUAGGUAUUUUUUGGCAUCAAUUAAUUGCCUUUUGAAUCUAUGAUGGAACAAAAUUUUUGAACAAGUAUGAAUAAGAUAGUAAAUCCAAUGACCGCAAAAUUAUUGAAGAACAUCUGAGAAGUUACAUGAAUAUGAGGACUAUUGAA